ACUCGUCGUUCUGCUUUGUAGCGCUUGGAAAAGCGAAGAACUUGCAAGUGUUGCCCUCCGACGAAUGGCCACAUGUAGGAGCAAAACAGUAAACCAUUUUGCUCGUUUGACCCGCGUCCUUUACACUUCUUCGACGAAAGUUGAUCCCUUGGAUGAUCCUUUAACCUUUCCUGUUUUUUUUUACUGUCUUUUGUGGGAUUACACUGGAUAAUUAAAGCUUUAGACAAAACAAAACAAUGUCCAAAGCGCUAGCAUAAGAUAUUUUGUUUAGAACUGCAUUUUUUUAUCGCCAUGGUAACGUGACGUCACACUUAAGGACUCUAUUGACGUUGUAAUUGUAAUUUUUAUCUCAUAUCAAUAAAAUCAAAUUCAACGGAGCAAAAAAGAGAGCGUAUUUAUUAUGUAAUUGUGCUUUACUUUUAAAUAAUACUAGAACAUUUACAUUUUGCGGCUUGUUGAAGAAAAAAUAGAGCGUAGAGAAAGAGAAAGAAGAACUUUCUCGUUUAUAUACUAUGCCUUUCUAUUCAAAGAGUUCGCCAUUAGACGAAAUUGUCGAAAAAGCAACUUCGGAAAGGAAUCUUACUGAGAAUUGGAGAGAAAUAAUGAAUGUAUGCGACAGAGUCUCACGUUCUUCCUCCGGGCCUAAAGAUGGUUUGAAUUCCAUUUUGAAAAGAGUUGACAAUCAUAAUCCAAAAGUGUCUUUACAAGCACUACGGUUAGCUCUUCUUGAUGCUUGUGUCAACAACUGUGGAAAACAUUUUUAUACUGAAGUAUGUUCAAGAGACUUUGUUGGUGAAGUAAGAAAUCUCCUGAGAAAGAUCCACCGAUUGGCAGCAUUGAAAUUGAAGGGCAUGAUUAAGGAAUGGGUAAAAAUGUUCAAGAAUGACCCACAGUUAAGUUUGAUUCCAACAUUAUAUGAAGAAUUGAAAAGAGAGAAAGAGGAAUUUCCUCAAACUCUAGCUGCCAACAUUACUUUAUCGUCCCUGCCAGCAAAGGAAACUGCCACAUCAGCAGAAGAGCAUGACUUAGCUUUAGCCAUUCAAAUGUCUUUGCAUGAAGCCAACUCAAGUCAGUCAAAAACUCCAAGUUUAUAUCCAUCAGUUCAAGCUACUUCUCAAUUCACAGAUAACAGUGAUGCCAACUGGUGGAAAGGCGAAGUCAAUGGAAGAUCUGGAUUGUUCCCAACGAACUUCGUCACAACUAACAUGACACCGGAUCCAAAGCAAGCAUCUGCAUCGAUUACCCAACCAGUUGCAAUUGAUGAAGAAAAAAUAAAACAAUGCUUAGUGAUGUUGAAGAACGCUAAUGUUGAAGAAGAGGACGAUGAUGAAGAAACAUUAAUAGAAUUGGAAGAAACAUGUAGAAAGAUGGCCCCACUUAUCGCUGAUAAAAUUCAAGUGAUCCAAAAAAAAUACGAUGAAUUGACUGAUAUAAAUGUUAGUUUCCUGCAGGCCAUGAGCAAGUAUCAAAACAUGCUGAAUGAACCUCUUCCUGUGCGUCAGUCGUUUUCCAAUGUUGCUUCAAUACCACAAAAUAAUCAUUAUACACAACAAGUCGUGAACAAUCCCGCCUUGCUUAGAUCUUACAUGACUGGACACCCAUCAGCGAGCUAUAGCCCCGGACCUUCACACCCCGGACUUACACAGAUUGUAGCAGAUGGCACGUACCAAGAUGGAAAGAAGUUCCUGAACACAACUUUUACCUUAGGAUAUCCUUAAAUUAAAAAAAAAUAAUUCAGAAUCUCUUUUACCUUAGAAUAUCCUUAAAUUAAAAAUAAAUAAUUCAGAGUCCUCGAUUUGGUAAAGAUA